AUGGACCACCUAAAACCAAAUCCUCCAAACUCAACACCCCUCACUCCACUCACCUUGCUCGAAAGAGCAGCAAUCGUCUACGCUCACUCCCACUCAAUCCUCUGCGACAGCACUUCCUUCACUUGGUCCCAAACCCACCGUCGAUGCCUCCGACUCGCUUCUUCGCUCUCCUCUCUCGGCUUCGGACGCGGCCACGUCGUCUCCAUUCUCUCCCCCAACACUCCCGCAAUGUACGAACUCCACUUCGCUGUUCCCAUGUGCGGUGCCAUUCUCAACAACCUCAAUCUCCGUCUCGACGCACACACUCUCUCCGUGCUCCUCCGCCACAGCGAAUCCAAACUCGUCUUUGUCCAUUCUCACUCUCUCUCUCUCAUCCUCCGCGCCCUCUCUUCCUUCCCGCCAAACACCACGCGUCCGCGUAUCGUCCUUAUCACUGACGACGCCGUCGCGCUGCAAGCUCCUAUUAUUGACACCUACGAGGGCCUCGUGACAAAAGGAGACCCCGGAUUUCAGUGGGUCCGGCCCAAAUCCGAGUGGGACCCAAUAACUCUAAACUACACUUCCGGUACGACGUCGUCUCCCAAAGGCGUCGUUCACUGCCACCGUGGAACCUUCAUCAUGACCAUCAGUUCCCUCGUGGAUUGGUUCGUGCCAAAUCAACCGGUUUACCUCUGGACCCUACCCAUGUUCCACUCUAACGGCUGGACCUUCCCCUGGGGAAUUGCUGCGGUUGGCGGAACUAACAUUUGCACGCGUAAAAUCAACGCGCCCACCAUCUACCGUUUGAUUGAGUCUCAUAACGUGACGCACAUGUGCGCUGCGCCGGUGGUGCUCAACAUGUUGAUAGCUUCCAACAGAACCGAACCGCUGAAGAACCCGGUUCAUGUUCUGACCGGCGGUUCUUCUCCUCCGGCGAGGGUUCUUAUGCGGGCGGAGGAAUUAGGGUUUGUAGUGAGCCACGGGUACGGAAUGACGGAGACGAGCGGGGUGAUGGUGUCGUGCGCGUGGAAGAGGAAGUGGAACGAGUUUCCAGUGACGGAGCGGGCGAGGCUGAAGGCGAGGCAGGGAGUGAGGACGGUGGCGAUGACGGAGGUUGACGUGGUGGAUUCGAAAACGGGCGUGAGCGUGAGGCGCGAUGGGUUUACGGUGGGGGAGAUAGUGGUGCGAGGAGCGUGUGUUAUGUUAGGGUAUUUGAAAGAUGAAGAAGCGACGAGAAAGUGUGUGAGGAAGAAUGGGUGGUUUUACACGGGGGAUAUGGGGGUGAUGCAUGAGGAUGGGUAUUUGGAGAUAAAGGAUAGGUCGAAGGAUGUGAUAAUAAGUGGGGGUGAGAAUUUGAGUAGCGUGGAGGUGGAGGCGGUGUUGUACAUGCACCCUGCGGUGAAUGAGGUGGCGGUGGUGGCGCGUCCAGAUAACUUCUGGGGAGAGACGCCGUGUGCGUUUGUGAACUUGAAGGGUGGGUUGGUGAAGAGGCCGUCGGAGGAGGAGGUGGUGGAGUUUUGUAGGGAGAGGUUGCCGCAUUUCAUGGUGCCCAAAACGGUGGUGUUUAAGGAAGAGCUGCCUAAGACUUCGACGGGGAAGAUUCAGAAACACGUGCUGAGAAUGGAUGCUCGAGCUAUGGGGUCAUUGGCUGCGCCGCUUCAAACUCCAGCUAGUCGCAUGUAG